CAGCAGGAGUGUCUCAGACAAAAUGGUGACCAGUAAAGUUGUGUGUUUGGUAGCUUUGGCCUUGUUCGGAAGUGCAGUGGCUCAGCCAGCGAAGCAGGCCUUCUGGAAGGGAACCCCUAUGGAUGGGAUGGUCGAGGAGAUGAGAUCCGGCUGCGUGGAAGGAUCAGACCCAACUGCUUGUAUCAAGUACAAGGUCAUGUCAUUACUGGACACCAUUUUCAAGAAGGACACUUUCCAGAUCUCAGAAGCCGUAGAGGUGACAAAGAACGGCGCUGGCAAUGACGUCACUGGGCGCUCUUCUGGCGACUUCAUCGACACCAUUGAGAGCUUCAUCCAAUCCCACGACGUCUCCUUCCAACUUCCCCUCGCUGACACCAAAGUCACUGUCAGCCCAAGGAACCUUGACCAAGAUGAACUUAGCCUGAACAUCAAGUUCAACAAGGACGGUGCUCGCUCCGUCGGUGAAGCCCGUAAAGCUAAGCUCAAGAAGAUCAUUGUACCCAUUCUUGUCUUCGUCCUCCUCAAGGCUAUGACCCUGAUUCCUCUGGCUAUUGGUGUCCUUGGACUGAAGGCCUGGAACGCCCUGCAGCUGUCUUUCUUCUCUUUCGUCGUGUCCGUCGCUCUGGCCAUCUUCCAGCUCUGCAAGAAGAUCGCGGCGGACAACUCCCACCCCCAGAUAGCCGCGCACGGACCCUGGGAUGCUGCCUACGCCGCCACUCGUCGCAGGAGGGACGCUGAACCCCAAGAAUUGGCACAAGAACUCGCAUACAACGCCUACCACUAA